CCACAGCAGACAUUUAAUUCUAGCAUGCUUGUGAUUAGAUUUUCUUCCUUUUGCUUCCUCCGAGGCCAAGCAGUCAUUCACAUGAGUGUCCAUUUGCUCUCUAGAUAGUGUGGAUGAAUAAGUGUGGUGAAUCCUGGACUGGGGGGGACAUUACAGUACCAGAGAACCACCAGCAUCAAGGAAGCAUCUGUCCUUAAAAGUCCCAUCAAAGACCACAUUCCAGCAAAAGGUGACGAUGGUUUCAUUACCUGGCUCAGCAGCUAAAGGAGGAGGAGUAAUUCGGGCCUGAAAGAGAAAACACUCAACCGGACUAGGAAGAGAAGUGAUCUCUCGUUAAACCGCUCAAACAAUAGUGUACUGAAUGAGGAGCAGCAUGAGGCAGGUGUUUGCUGAGGAAAAGUUUGGAUGACCCGCGCAGUGCCAAAAAAACUCUGCUGAAGAGGCGACUAACACAUCCUAGGACCGGGAUCUGUGAGAUGGGAACCUGUGACGGAAGUCCCGGUGUACUGUUUCUGAUCAAUUUCUUAUAUUAUUAUUAUUUUUUUUAAACUGCUGUUCAGAGAGGAUGAAAGGCUUUUUACUUUGCUGUGUUCUUCUCUCGGCGGUGUUGCAGCGGAGCAACAUGCAAACUGGUGUACCUGCCACACUGUUAAACUGCUGUGAAGGGGAUAUUCUCCUUCUGCUGGACUCUUCAGGAAGUGUGGCAAACUAUGAGUUCUCCCGCCUGUUGCUCUUCACCGCCGAGCUGCUUCGCCCCUUCUCACUGGGCCGCGGGCACAUAAGAGUCGGGCUGCUGCAGGUGGGCACAAACCCUACCCUGGAGUUCGGCCUGGACGUCCACAAUGAUCAGGCAAGUCUGCAGAAAGCUAUGCGGAGUGUCAGCCAGCUGCAGGGAGACACAAACACAGAGGCAGGGCUCAGGGUGGCCCAGCAGCUUUUCACAGAGAUGGAGGGGAACGUGCCAAAGGUGCUGCUGUGGCUGACUGAUGGUGCGCAGCCUGGAGACGUGGACAAGGGGAUGUAUGAGCUGAAGGCACAGGGAGUUUCUGUGUUAGCUGUAUCUACAGUACAUGCCAACUACCAGGUGUUACGACGUGCAGUGACACCACCUCUGGAGUCUCACCUGUACUUUGUGGACAUAGAUAACAUCGAAAUCAUCACAGAGGACCUGAGGGAGGCCAUCAUUGAAAUUAUUCAUGCAGAACGGCUGCGUGUGGUUCAUUUAACGUCCCACAGUGCUGUGCUGCAGUGGCGCCCCGUUCUGAGUGCAGGCAAUGGUUACUAUGAUCUCCGGUACAACUCUGUAUGGAAUACGGACCCUGAGACCAGCCGCAUUCUCCCUGGCGACUCAAGCUGGGUGGAGCUGACUAAUCUGCAGCCUGAUACCACCUACACAGCUUCCCUCCACCCAGAGUCCAACCAGAGGCUGUUUAACACACUCUCUGUUAACUUCACCACACUUCCUGCCCCCACCCCCCCUCUGCCUGCGCUGCCCUCAGAUGUUUUAAGCCCAGCAGUGGUAUCCGUGUCAGAAUCUGGCCCUCAUCAAAUCCGUGUGAGCUGGGGUCCCCUGCAGCCAGCACGAGUCCAGAGAUAUACGGUGGAGUACGGAGCUAUUCCAAGCGGACAUGUCCACACUGUGACAGCACACAGCCAGCAGAACUCUACCUUACUGACCGGGCUGGAGCCGGGCACUCAGUACCUGGUCACAGUCACUGCUCUGCGUGUGAAUGGAGAAGAAAGAGCCAUGUCUGUGAGGGCGUGCACUCAAGAACUUCUGCCUGCCCUGGCCGACCUUCAGCUGACCACGGUGGAGCGUCAGGAGGUGCAGGUAGCGUGGCAGGCCUCUCAGGAAGACGUGAAAGGCUACUGGCUGAGCUGGGAGAGAGAAAGCUCCUACUCGAAGCCCUCCAACUCCUCUGUUUACCUGUCUCCUACCUCCCGUUCAACACGACUGACACACCUUGCACCAAGCAGUCGUGUGUGUGUGUCCCCGGUCUACAGCUCUGGUCGAGAAGAGGGGAUAUGCUGCACAGCAGAGAUGCACACAGAUUCCAGCCAGUGGGGUUAACAACCAGAGUCCGCAACAAUCAGGCAGCUGGAGCAAAAAAGAAGGGUGAAAUCGAGCAUUUUAAGUGCUGGGUGCACUAGAUAACAGGACUAAAUAUUAUUUUUAAGCUAAAAUGUUCAUCUUGAAAUGAAUCAGUGACAGACAAGGCUUUAUCACAUAACACCAGCCCCCUGUCUUCACAAUGGCUGAGAAAAUCUGGUAUAAUUAUGUGUUUGUUUUUCUCCUGAAAAUGAAAAUAUCACCAACUUUGCAGCAAGGCUGUCACACAUUUAUUUAAACAUAUCAGUUAGUCAGGAACAUGUGCAGCAUUCACAGUUUGAGGAACUAUUGUUAUUUACAAUUAUUAUUUAUUAUGAUUUACAGUUUCAUUAUUACAUGUAUUUACUUGAAAUUGUAUUCUUCUUGUUGCAAGUAUACUCAAAUUUCUUAAAUUAAAAUUUUCAAAUGUAUUGAUUUUGAAGCUGAUCAUGAAUUAGUCUAAAUGUUUGUUGUUUUGUUUCGUCUUUUUCAGCAAUUUUUCUCUGAAUUCUCAUUCAAUUAUUGGCAUUCAGUCAUUACAUCAGACACCACUCUGACAGCACACAGUGAAUUCACAGACAGGUGUGUUUCUGCUUUGCUGUCAGUGAUGAAAUACAGAAGACGAACGUAUUUAAUGUUAUCAAUUCUUCAGACCAGUUAACUCCAUAGUGGAUCAGUUUAUACAAUGCUUAAAAGUAUGCAGUUUUUAUAGUGAAUAUGUACUGUGAAUAUAUAGAUUUUUUAAUGUACUCUUUUUUUUAUUUAUAUGCUACGUAAUUUAUGGCCAGGUUUGUCUGAUAAAAUGUUUCCCUGGGCAAAUUAAAAGACAAGAGAAAUUUAUAUAAAAGAUAUCUGCACAGUAUCCAUAAGCAUUUGAUUGGAUAAAAUAAUAAAUGCAGUUUUUAAAAUACCA